GUUCGCGUUCUCUCACAGUAUUCCUCUCAUCCGGGCGCACAUUCGGCAGCUCGGCUUCGAUACAGCUCCUCUCCUAUGUGGUGGCUCCCGCGACCAGCUCCUUGAACGUGAACAGUUUAGCCGAAGGGCGCUUUUCCAAAUACCACGAAAUUCUCAUCGACUUCGGGGGGAGUUGGUCCUCGGUUGGAUAAGGUUUCGCCGUUCCGUGCGUUGGACCCAAAUCUCUAACUAUACCAGCAAUGGAUACUUGGCUUGGCUUCUGCCCAGGUUUGCACUUAACUCUGUGUACCUGGUUUCUGAUCUCCGCUCAUACCCAGCUAAAUGCCAAGGCGGAGAUAACUUGCGCAUUGUGCCAAUCGCCGGUCCAGCUACACCUGGAGGAAUUACAGCUGGAUACCGGUACGCACGCGGCUGAAGGUACGAGGCAUGCGGCCAAAGCUUUGGAACAGGUCCGACUGGAGUACCAGCUACUCGGAGUUACUGACAAAAAUACUGGAGUACCAAGCGACACCCAACAGGCAGGUGUUCUCGUGGAUGAGCCGAGAUUCACUGACGAUGGAGUUACCCCAAAAGUCGCUCUGGAAGAUUUAACCGGGUCUAGUGAAAACGAAGAAAGGUACCGUGGUGAAUAUAAUAUUGGGGUGGAUGAUUUGGGUAAGGUCAAGGAUGGUGCUGAGGAUGUUGCGUUACGGAGAGCGAAGCGAAGCGGUCCCGAACCCCCCGAGUUUAGGGAGAGCCUUAAUACAUCGGAUGAGAGAAGGAGUCCUGGUCCGUUACUGGACGGACACAGACUGGGCCGAUCCGAAUUCAAGUGGAACAGGGACGAGGGUCGAGGGACUUCCAGAGGAGAUGAACCCAAACUAAGCAGCACUACUUUCGCCUUGACCGGGGACUCAGCGCAUAACCACGCAGUGGUUUACUGGUCGGGGCAAAACAGCAGCGUGAUCCUGAUUCUGACCAAACUUUAUGACUUUCACCUGGGUAGUGUUACAGAGAGCACCUUGUGGAGAUCAACAGACUAUGGCUCCACCUAUGAGAGAAUGAAUGACAAAGUGGGAUCUAAGACUGUGCUCAGUUACCUGUAUGUCUGUCCAUCCAACAAGAGAAAGAUAAUGGUGCUGACAGACCCUGAGUUUGAGAGCAGUGUGCUCAUCAGCUCGGAUGAAGGAGCGAGCUACCAGAAAUACCGCCUCAGCUUCUACAUUCUAAGCCUUCUGUUCCAUCCGACACAGGAGGACUGGGCUCUAGCCUACAGCCACGACCAGAAGUUGUACACCUCCAUGGACUUUGGGAGAAAAUGGCAGCUGGUUCAUGAGCAUGUGAACAGGUUCUACUGGUCUGUAACGGGUCUAGACAAGGAGUCAGAUCUGGUUCACAUGGAAGCACACACCCCCAAUGGACGUAUACAGUAUGUAACAUGCCAGGCUCUCACUUGCUCAGAGGCCAACAGAAACUACCCCUUCCCUGGGUACAUCGACAUCAGCUCACUGGUGGUCCAAGAUGACUAUAUGUUUAUUCAGGUUACUACAGCAGGACAGGCCAGCUACUAUGUGUCCUACCAGAGGGAUCCAUUCCUCAAAAUCAAACUGCCGAAAUAUUCUCUGCCUAAAGACCUCCACAUUGUCAGCACAGACGAGCACCAGGUGUUCGCGGCAGUACAGGAGUGGAACCAGAACGACACAUACAACCUGUACCUCUCCGACACCCGGGGCAUCCUCUUCACCCUGGCCAUGGAGAACGUCAAGACCACCCGUGGCCUGGGGGGCAACCAGAUGCUGGACCUGUAUGAAGUAGCAGGUAUCAAAGGCAUGCUGAUCGCAAACAGGAGGCUAGACAACCAGGUGAAGACCUACAUCACCUACAACAAGGGUCGUGAUUGGCGGUUACUACAGGCCCCGGCGACAGACCUGGCUGGCAAUGACAUCCACUGUAUACUGCCCUUCUGUUCGCUCCAUCUCCAACUGCAGACGUCUGAAAACCCCUACCUGUCAGGCAGCAUAUCAACCAAGGCCUCAGCACCGGGAAUCAUAGUGGCCACAGGGAAUAUUGGGUCUGACCUGUCUUACAAUAACGUUGGAAUGUUCAUCUCAUCUGAUGCUGGUAACAACUGGAGACAGAUAUUCGAGGAGGAACACAACGUCUGGUUUCUGGAUAAAGGAGGGGCCCUUGUCGCUGUGAAACAACCAACCGUCCCCACUAGACAUUUACAGAUCAGUUUUGAUGAGGGGCGGCAGUGGACCAGACACAGCUUCUCCUUGGUGCCUCUGUUUGUGGAUGGGAUGCUGGUGGAGGCCGGGACAGAGAACCAGAUCAUGACGUUUUUUGGACAUUUCAGCCAUAGGUCUGAGUGGCAGCUUAUCAAGAUAGACUACAAGUCCAUCUUCAACAGGAAAUGUACAGAAGGAGACUAUCAGACGUGGCACCUUCACAACAAGGGCGAGCCGUGUGUGAUGGGCCAGAAACAGAUCUAUAUGAAACGCAGACCAGGAAACUAUUGCAUGCUGGGAAAAGACUACGCCAAAGUCCUCUCUGCUGAGUCGUGUAUCUGUCGGGCCCACGACUUUGAAUGUGAUUAUGGCUAUGAACGGCGUAGAGAAGGGAACUGUCUACCAGCGUUCUGGUUCAACCCAGCUGUUGUAUCAAGGAGCUGCAGCCAAGGACAGAACUACCUCAACAGCACAGGGUACCGAAAAGUGGUGUCCAACAACUGCAUCAAGGGAGUCAAGGACAUGUACACACCCAGGAAGCAGAUGUGUCCCAACAGGGCUCCAAAAGGCCUUUCUCUCUCCACCAGAGAGGGCAAGCUUACCACUGACCUGCACACCAACGUCACCUUCCUGGUGCAUCUGGAUGAGGGUGACUCAAUGAGAACCAACAUCCAACUGGAUUUCGGAGAUGGCACGGCAGUCUCCUACUCCAACCUGAGCUGGAUCGAAGAGGGUAUCAGACAUGUUUACAAGACGGCUGGGAUAUUCCGUGUCUCAGCCUUGGCGGAAAACACCCUGGGCUUUGACACUACCACGUUGUACCUUCAUGUUACAUGUCCUGUGGAACAUGUCCAGUUGCUGGCUCCAUUUGUGGCCAUCAAGAACAAGGAAGUAAACCUAACAGCAGUGGUCUGGCCCAUCCACUCAAGGACCCUCACCUACUUCUGGUGGCUGGGGAACAGCACUGAGCCAGUUAUCAGCUUAGAUGGGAGCAUCUCGUACACCUUCACCAGCGAGGGAAUGAACACUGUUACGGUCCAAGUGUCUUCAGCCAAUGCCAUACUGCAAGACACUAAGACGAUAGCAGUCCAAGAGUUCUUCAAAUCUCUGCUUUUGUCUUUCUCCCCUAACCUGGACGAGUACAACCCUGACGUCCCCGAGUGGAGACAGGAUGUGGGGAGAGUCAUUAAGAAGGCUCUGCUCCAAGUGUCAGACUUUCCAGAGGAUCAGCUAUUGGUUGCAGUGUUUCCAGGUGUGCCAACGGCCGCUGAGCUCUUCCUGUUACCACACAAGAACCAAUCAGAGGGCCGGAAAAAGAGCGAGAAGGAGCUAGAGCAGAUCUCUGAGAUACUUGCCAGCGCUCUGAACCAGAAUCUGGUGGAGUUUGAGCUAAAGCCAGGAGCAAGAGUAAUCGUGUACAUAACACAGCUAACUUUGGCACCAUUGGUGGAUUCCAUCCCGAGACACAGCAGUUCAGCCAUGCUGAUGCUCCUGUCAGUAGUAUUCCUUGGUUUAGCAGUGUUUCUCAUCUACAAAUUCAAGAGAAAAAUCCCCUGGAUGAACAUAUACGCGGAGGUGAACCAGGAGAAAGAGCAGGAGAUGAUCGGUUCGGUCAGCCAGAAUGACAGCACGCCUAAGACCACCCUCAGUGAGUUCUCUACGCCCAAAGAAGUCAUGGAGAAGGAGAUGGACGCCAGGGUUAAACGGCGAAUUGGAAAUGCCUGCGAGAGCACAAGGGAGAUUCCUAACUGUACUAGCGUGUAAAGCCAGGGAAGGAAUGCAACAAAUGUGUACAGACUUAAAGUAUUGCCAUUUUGAGGGUUCACUCUUUUCUGGUUUGUUUUGUAAUUUCUCAAACACAACCCCAAUGUUAAUAGUUUUCUAAGGACCUCAUUUAUACUGAAGUGCAUGGGUGUCUUGUCUGAUAGCAUCUAUGCGGCAAAUUGGAACUCAAUCCACUAAAUAAGACAAGUUUUAAUAACAAGUAUAAGCUACAUAGGCCUACUGUAACACAAUUUGGAUUAUGAAGAAAGGUUUAAUUUUCAGUCGGUAAUUGUCUUAUUUCAUUGACUUUUCUCAAAGACUUUAUCAAAACCUAUGAAGAGAGUAAUGUACAUUUCUUAACAUUUUAGUUUUCAUGAGGUAUACAAGUUUUUGUCUGUAUGGGCCAUUAGGUCUAGGUCUCCGAUCUAACAGGGAAUAUUAUUGAAAUUGUACCAUAUUAUCUUUAGAUAUCUGUUAUCGCUCUGUAUAUAAUAUAUGUAUAUUUACUUUUCACACGCUUGUAGUAAACGUACAAUGCCGAACACAGGAGAUCUAGUCAUGGCCUGUUAUCAGUUCUUAAAAGUUUGUUAAAAAGAAUGAUGUUACUUAUAAAGAGUCCAACUUUGUUUUUAAUGAGGUCCUUGACUUGUGCAUGUUAUUAUUACAUACGAGAUGUAUGUGUUGUAGAUAAGGAAGUGUUGUAAAUAGUUAUUUUCUAUUAAUUAAAAGAGCUCAGUCAUUUUUAAAUACAGUAUGUGUAAAGACUUGCAUAUUAUUAAUUUAGUUAAUUUAUGGCUAUAUAAUUUAUCUGUCUUGUACAAAGGGUUUAACUGUUAAGAUGGGCAUCAUUUUCUAAAUAUCAAACCAGGUUUACCCAACACCACCCCUGCUUGAAAAAAAAAAAAAAAAAAACACAAUCAUUGGUGGUAAUUUUUACCUGCAUCUCAACAGUUAAACUCUUUGUAAAAGACAAAACUAGCCAUAAACAUUAUGGGAUUAUUUCUAAUGUUUGCCCUUUGAAUGUAACGAGAAAAGUGGAAUCGACCAUUUAUGGUCCGUGGAUAUAAUCUGUGUCUGACUCAUCAAGAUGAUCCCACAUUGUUGUAGAUGUCAGUUGUUAUUACUGAUGAGUAUAUUGUAUAAGGCCCAUCAGCGUGACAAGGACAAGUAGUUUCGGGUAGUUUGCAGUGAUGCAUUUGAUCAUGUCCUUUGCUGGCAUCUAUUCAUAGUGUUCUAUCUCUGUAAAGCAUAUCAACUCUCAUAGAGUUUCAUGGUAAUAUCCUCAAACAUUAUCUCUCAAACAAUAUUUCCGUACAAGAAGGGAACAAAACAACGUUGUGGUGACUUUCCACUCAUCUGAGGUGGUGUCUAGAGUAAAAACUACACAGCAAUGAUUUUAAACCACCACCCCAUCCAUAUGAGUGUUAUCAAACGAUUCCACUAUCAACACAUUUAAUCAGCUUCAUUUAGAAGUUAGAAACCAACUGUUGAGUAAAGUUCCACCACUUGAACUCCCUACUGUAAUGAAAUACUGUACACACAAUAGUGUGCAUGCUAUCUAGUAGCUAGGUUCCUCCACUACACUGCUGUGCACUGCAGUCCUUCGAAAGCUGUCACUAGCAGGAGUAGCAGGUAGAUCCAGUCACGCACAGGUCCCUGGCAGCAGGUGUAGCCAGUCUGGCAGUAAGCGGAGAUGGGUGGAUGAUUAAGCAGCGAAUUCACCAUGCCGAGCUAUCCCACACUGCCGUGCCUGAAGUCAGCACGUGAUGACACACAGGAGAGUGAGACGAGAGAAGGACGGGAAUGUUUAGAGAAUGUUGCACAAGCUAAGUGAUUCCCAUGAUCGUGUAUAUAAGUGUGUUCAGUAGUAAAGGAAAGAGCAUGAGCUUCUGUAUCUAUAGUCCCUUGUUACAUUGUAACAAGAGUGGUGUUACAUUCUAAUAAGAGUGUUAUAGCAGUUGUCAUAGCAAACUGUUGCUGUAGCGACAUGCUAACAUUGUUAUGAUUUGUCAAACUCCAUCUGCAGAGGCAUUCUUCCUGACAGGACAUAACAAAGCAACACAUUGUUUUGUGGUACGUACGAUAAUUGCAUCAUCCUCACACAUCUGACUGUCCCUGUUGUGUUUGUUGUUGACAACUCAUUUUAAUGUUCUCAAUGUCACGCCGGCUUUGUUCAAAUACUUAUUAAAAAGAAAGAUUAACGUAGUGACAGAUAACGGGAACAUUAAAGUGUUUUUUCUUUGUGUCAUCUCUGCCACCUCCAGUUCCUACGGCAACUCCUCCACUGCCUCCACUGGCAGACAAAGCUGAACGAGCUGAGGUAAAAGGUCACUCGGAGUUCAUCCACAUGUAUAAUUCCUUCGGAAAGACUUUCCUUUGGCACGUAAGGCCAUUAGAACGGUGGAUUACAACCAUUCAUCCCGUGAGCCUCGAAGCUCCUUUUGCCCUAUGAGCGGGAAACAUGCGUUGACAUUUUAGCCUUGGUCGUCGAUCAUUCAACAGUGCUGUUCUUCAGACAUACUUCAGAGCCAAGACCUGUUUUGAAAAUGUAUUUUUCUGUACUGCUGCAGGUUUGUAGGGAAAGUAAUAGGGUUUUGUUACAUUUGUUUCAGUUUGUGUGGUUAUUUAUUGGUGUAGAUAUUUUAUUCUGCAACAUUCGUUUGAGUGGUUUUCUCUUGUGUUCGUUGCUUUACAUACGAUUCUAUUGAGCUGGUUUGAUUAUUUUUUUGCUGCAAAUGUUGAAUAAGAUUAUCUAUGAAAUCUGAAAGGGAAACAAAAUUGUGGGAAAGGGAAAUCUUAGUGUACAUAGAUGCAUAAAUGAGGUCAGUGGAAUUUGUCUACAUUUAGGCUAUUGUUUGUAUGUGUAUUUCACACUAUGUUGAGGUGGAAAUCGGAGUAUAAUGCUUGUAUGGAUGUCAUCGUGACCCAUCAAAUGCAUAACAGUUAAAAACGACUUUGACUAACACCACCGAUUUCUGUAUAAUAGCUAUGCUACCAGCUUAUACGAACGGGAGUUAGCAUUUAGCAGUCACUUCUUCAAACCUGAAAAGGGAAAACUUCUAAUUGUUAUGCGGCCAAACAUACGCAAAUCUUACUUUAGUAACCACUUAGUGGGCCUGUUACAGUAUAUCAAUCAUGGCAGGUUUGACUAUCCACUUUGUUAGGUCAGAUUUGCUGAAUGUGCGCUAAUCCCCACGGUAUGCGUUCCAUUGACCUCUUUACCACAUGCAUUAUGGUUCUAAGGGCAGACCAUUGUAAUACUCUUCAUUGCACAAAUGCAUGCAUCCUCAGUACUGUUCCGUUUCAUCUUUAUUUC